AUGGUGGCACAUCAAGAAGAGGAAGUUCGUAUACUCUCGAAGCAGGAGUUGCUGGCAGAGCACAUCAAUGCGAUUCAAAGUGGUUACUUAGUCAAACCACGCCUGGAGUACACAACGAUUCGCGCCGUAAAUGGCCCGCUGGUCAUAUUGGGUGAUGUGCGUCUGCCGACGUUUGCGGAGAUUGUGAACAUUGAGUUAGCCGAUGGUACGCUUCGCCGCGGGCAGGUGUUGGAGGUGGAUGGCGACAAGGCUGUUGUUCAGGUGUUCGAGGGAACCUCCGGCAUCGACGUCAUGCGCUCGAGGUGCGAGUUUACUGGAAAAGUCAUGGAGAUUGGCGUCAGUGAAGAUAUGUUGGGCCGUGUCUUCAACGGCUCCGGUAUUCCUAUUGACAAUGGCCCCCCGGUGCUGCCUGAGCAGUACCGUGACAUUCAGGGUAUUCCCAUUAACCCACGGGCACGCGUAUAUCCCGAGGAGAUGAUUCAGACUGGCAUUUCGUCUAUAGACGUCAUGACUUCCAUCUCACGCGGCCAGAAGAUUCCACUUUUCUCUGGGGCUGGUCUACCACACAAUGAAAUUGCAGCCCAGAUUGUGCGUCAGGCUGGUUUGGUGCGAAAGGAGGGGAAACAGGAGGAUUUCUGCAUUGUUUUUGCAGCUAUGGGUGUGAAUCAAGAAACAGCUCGCUUCUUCCGUACCGAGUUUGAGGAGAACGGGUCUAUGGAAAAGACUGUGCUGUUCAUGAACCUUGCAAAUGAUCCUACCAUUGAACGCAUUGUGACACCACGGCUUGCCCUCACCACCGCGGAGUACCUUGCCUACGACUGCGGUAAACACGUGUUGGUGAUUCUGACAGACAUGAGUUCCUACGCCGAUGCCCUGCGUGAGGUGUCGGCGGCGCGUGAGGAGGUGCCUGGGCGCCGCGGCUUCCCAGGGUACAUGUACACGGAUUUAGCGUGCAUCUACGAGCGUGCCGGUCGUGUGCUGGGGCGCGCGGGGUCUAUCACGCAGAUUCCUAUUCUCACGAUGCCCAACGACGACAUUACGCAUCCAAUUCCGGACCUGACAGGUUAUAUUACGGAGGGCCAGAUAUACGUGGACCGCCAGCUGCAUAACCGGCAGUUGUACCCGCCCAUCAACAUUUUGCCCUCCCUCAGCCGACUGAUGAAGAAUGCCAUUGGCGAGGGGAUGACCCGCAAAGACCACGGCGGUGUCAGCAACCAAAUGUACGCCGCAUAUGCCAUCAGUCGCGACAUUUUGGCUAUGAAGGCGGUUGUGGGUGAGGAGGCCCUCAGCAGCGAGGAUCUCCUGCACCUUGAGUUUUUGGAGAAGUUUGAGAAGAAGUUUAUUUGUCAGGGCUUCUACGAGUCCCGCGAUGUGUUUCAAAGUCUUGAUCUCUGCUGGCAGCUUCUGCGCACCUUCCCGAAGGUGCUGCUCAACAAGAUUGACGCCAAAACACGGAACGAGUUUUACGAUCGCCAGCCUGAGCGGAAGUAG